CGCAGGGAUGGGUAGCGCGCUCUGAAAAGUUCGUGACCGCCGCCGCCAACUCUUGACUGCAGCCCGGACGCGACAGGACCCUACCCGGCCCCUGCGCCCUUGGCUGCCACCAGCGGCUCUCCUCCAGGCCCGGUGCUCCCACGCCUGAUUGGGGUUCAUGGAGCCGGGGUUGUGGCUCCUUUUUGGGCUCACAGUGACCUCCGCCGCAGGAUCUGUGCCUUGCCCCCAGCCUGGGGGCUCUGGCAGGUCCAGUGUGGCUCAGGGUCCCACUGCAGCACAGUCGGAGGGGGAUUGUGAAGAGACUGUGGCCCGGCCUGCUGAGGGGACCGCGGCCUUGGCCAUGGAACAGGGUCCGCAGCCUGGAAGCGCUGGGCAGAAGCAGAGACCGGGCAGAUCUGGGGAGCAGCCAGCCCAGGGGGGUCCUGCACACCACCGUGCCAAGCGCUGCACGUGCUUUACCUACAAGGACAAAGAGUGUGUUUAUUACUGCCACCUGGACAUCAUCUGGAUCAACACACCCGAACAGACCGUGCCCUAUGGUCUAUCCAACUACAGAGGAAGCCUGCGAGGCAAGAGGUCCUUGGGGACAUUUCCAGGGCGUUCCCAGCCCUCACCACGGACACGCUUGCGCUGUGCUUGUGUGGGGGCAGAUGACAAGGCCUGUGUACUUUUCUGCACGCGAGCCCUGGAUGUCAGCAGUGAUUCUAGAAGAGCAGCAAAACCAGAUAAGGAAGAGAAAGGAGAGGCCGGUGAGGCCCACAGAGGCCAGCAUCACAGAUAUGUCUGAGCCCAGGACACACGAGGCCCCCAGGCCCUAGGCGGCCACCAUCAAGCUUGCUUCCCACAGCGGAUCUCACCCUGCCUGCCUGCUCUCUUCCAGGAAGGAACCAGUGUUCAUACUUGGUUCAAAUUUCCACCUCUUUAGGGACAAGGAGUGAACCAGCCCAGGGCAGAAAACCCACCCAAAGAGCCCCACUUAACAGUACACCCAUACUCCAAGAAUGCCCAAAUCCAAAUGACCCCAGAUUCCCUAAUGGGUAAAAUGAUCCCAGAUGUGCCUGGGCCCAGACGCCUGCAGCUCCAAUUUCACACAGGAAAUUGUUUUUGGAGAGGUAUGGCACGUUGGAAAGCCACUUAGUGGCUUUUGACAUGGCUCCCCUUGGAGGGUAAGUGGACACCAGGCUGGUUCUUUGCAAAAGUAAACACAUGUCCCUGUCCUAGCACCAAGCUCGUAUGGGAGCAGCCAGUGUCUGUGGCCUGCGUGGUGUGCACGCGAGAGCUGCCUGCAGGCUAGGUGCCAUCCAGUGAGGACGUCAGCUCGAGGCCUGCGUUGCAGCAGUUCAGUGGUUUGUGAGUGUAAAGUUCCUAAGGUCAGAAAACAUCCACUGCGCGUGGUACCAACCAUGGGAAGAACGGAACGCCAAGAGGAAGAGGAGACACGAAGCCUUGGUGUUUGACACAAGCAAAGAAGAAAAUGGCUGUCUGCUGGUGUUACGCGCAGGGGCAGCUUGGGCCUUGCUGGUGCCCUGGGGUCGGCCUCCCCCGUGCCCCCUGCAGCCUGCAGCCCUCGAGCUGCGGCGCCUCCAAGCCUUGCUUGCAGAAAGCCGCUGUGAAAGCGGCGCUACCCCCAGCCCGGCUCUGAGCUUGAACAUUUGCUUUCGUGAAUACAUGUGCGUCUUUGGGGAGGACACAAACUCUCUGUAAAUUAUGUAAAUUCCUAUUUAUCUAUAUAAUUGGCAACAACUGGGAAUUAUAACGCCCAACGGUUCAAAAUCUCUUACAGCUGUGCCUUUUUUCUGCCAUGCUGAGCGCACGGUGGUGAGCAUGUGGGGCCGUGACUCGGCAUGCAAAGCCGGCUCCGCAGGCGCCGCUGGGAAGAGGCUGCUCACCUCCCCGAUGGGCCGAGCAGGGAGAGCCCACCGUUGGGCUUGUACUGAGCACGUGCGUGCAGAGACUUCAGAUGGUGCAUGUGGAGCAGCAUCUUGGCCAGACGUUAAGCUGCGCAGGUGCUUGUCCGAAGUUGCUCCAGGUGAAAAAGAGUCUGUUGUUCGUGAGGAAGUGAAAGCCGCUGUUUGCUGGCAGGAUGCUGUCCAGUUCAGAGAAGUGAUUAUUUAUUGGGGGAGUAUUCUCUACUACAACUGCUUUAUGGGUCUGUCAAAAAGUAAAGUCACUCUGUGUAUGUAUGUGUGUGUGUGUAUAUAUAUGUGUGUGUGUGUAUGCAUAUAUAUAUAUAUACAUAUAUAUGCAUACAUAUAUAGAGAUUUUAAAUUGUGUUUUGAAUCCAAACUCAAAUUCCUUAGAUUGAAUUACACUUUUAAAGCAACACAUAUGCACUGUUUGGCUCAGUGUUGAGAUGGUGUCUCAGAAAUUCAUUCAUUCAUACAAAUAGCCAUAAAAUACUAACUGUCAAAUGCAUAAUAAAAAAGAACUUACAAGUUUA